GGGAUCGGCUAUUGCCAAAAUUGUGGGCAACAAUGUCCAGGAACAUCCAGACUUGUUUCAGACCGACGUGUUCAUGUAUGUGUAUGAGGAGAUUAUCGACGGACAGAAGUUGACUGAUAUCAUCAACACUCAACAUGAAAAUACAAAAUAUUUGCCCGACAUCAAGCUUCCAACAAACAUUAUUGCGGUGCCUGAUGUUGUUCGAGCAUCUAAGGAUGCAGACAUCCUGAUCUUUGUGUUGCCUCAUCAGUUUGUCAAGGACACAUGCUACAAGAUGAAGACAUUUAUCAAGCCCAAUGCCCUGGGCAUUUCUUUGAUAAAGGGGUUUGUCCUGACUGAGGGGAGUGGUAUCCAGUUGGUGUCUAGGCUGAUUAAAGAGAUCUUGAAUAUUGAGACUGCCGUAUUGAUGGGGGCCAACCUGGCAACAGAAGUGGCCAGUGAAAUGUUUUGUGAAACAACUAUUGCUUGUGAGGACGACUCCUACAGAUCACUGCUCAACAGCUUGUUUGAGACGCCCUACUUCCGCUGUAAAAUCAUUAGGAAUGUUGCAGGCGUGGAGGCCUGUGGGGCCCUCAAGAACGUGGUGGGUAUUGGAGCAGGCAUUGUGGAUGGUCUUGGCUUCGGAGACAACACUAAAGCAGCGGUUAUCAGGCUGGGGUUAAUGGAGAUGAUCAAGUUCACAAAAGUGUUUCUUGGAGUUGAGGACAAGUCUGUGUUCUUUGAAAGCUGUGGCAUUGCUGAUCUGGUAGCCACAUGUCAUGGGGGUAGGAACCGCCUCUUGGGAGAGGCUGUUGUCAAAUCCUUGAAGGAUAUUCGACUGCUGGAGAAAGAGAUCUUGAGAGGGCAGAGUUUUCAGGGUCCGUUGAUUGCCAAGGAGAUUUAUGCUUACCUGAAGAAUAUUGAAAUGACUGAUCAGUUUCCACUUCUAGUGGCUAUUCACAGAAUAUGCACUAGAGAAAUGGACCCUCGGAACUUCAUCGACUGUCUUCGGGAUCACCCAGAACACAUGUUAGAGAAGGAUGCAGAAGGUAGUGUUGUACCUGCUGAAUAA